AAAAUAAGUUUGUUUAGUUGUUGGGGGUUUAUGGAGCGGCAUGAAGGAUCUUCCUGCUGUGUGUUUACAGAGGGUGUGCGUGUAUGUGUCUUAUUUGUGAUCUAUGUAAACCACUGUGUGCUCUCACAACAACGGACAUAAGAAGAGACACGCAAACUCACCGGGGCGUGAACGCUCUUUUACAUGAACAAAUGCAGGUCAACACGACCCGUCGAGCUGCAUCCCGGGACCUGAAGAGGAGAACGUACAAGGCAGGGAUCAAUGCAGCAAAGAAGGUGGAAUAAUGAGCUCCACUGAGGACCAGAAUGAGGACAGUCUGAACCAAUCAAAGUCCAGAUCAAGUCCUAAAUUCCUUGGUCUGUCUCGCUGUGCCGCCUGCUACAACCGGCAAGCGAGCUCCACGCAUUGGCACGGGGGUGACGGGGAGUCCAGCUCUUCAGCAGAAGACUCUGGACCAGAGGUGGACAGGGAGUCAGAAGCAGAGUCUAGCUCCAGCAGCAGCAGCAGCAGCUGCUGCUCGGGGGAGGAUUUAUCAGAAAUACUUGAACCUGGAGGAAAAGAGGGUGACGGACCUGAGGAGACAGGAGAGACGUCGGAGAGCCAGGGAGAUAAAAGCGGGACAAAGGGGAUAACUCGAAGAGCUACACUUGUCAAGUCUUACUCCCUGCCCACCUCAUUUGCUCCUCACCUCACGCCCCUGUCCCUCCUGCCCCGCCCUCAUAAAGUUGUCUCCACCCUCCACCUGCAGGCGUUCACCCAGCAACACGACGACGACAACGCCUUCAACAUCGUCAUACACCACCUGGCCAAAACAGAGAAGGAUUCAGCACAGGAAAGUAAUGGAGGAGGACGAGGAGGAAUGAACUAUCUGCUGCCUCCGCAGCCGCUUCAGUGGCAGCAGAAGGCGUUCUCAUGGCAACUACCAACAUUAGAGCAACACCAGCUGUCACACCAGUACCCGCAAACACCACAUCAGCUGUCGUAUCAACAUCAGCAACAACAACCUCCGCGCUUCUCCCCUCCCUCAGCUCAGUGUCAAAGGUUACCACCACCCCUGCACACACUUCCUGUGUUGCAACCCCCGACACUCCACACACCCCUGCAGGUCCCAAGUUCACCUCAGAAACAUCUGCACGCACUCACUCCACAACCAUGCUGGUGCUGUUACAAUAUGCAAUUUCCUUACUCUCCAUACUGGAGUUAUUAAGAGUAGUGGACGGUUCUCCGGAUAAUAAGAAUCAAAUUAAGUUCUGCAGUGUUGAAUUUAGUCAUUAAAUAUGUGAAAAAAAAGAUUUGAAUAUGAGUUUAAUGGGAUGUUGGUGAUCGUACACGAGCCUUUAGCAUGCGUAGAUUUGAAGUUUCUCUUGUUCAUUAGUGACAUUUGUUUUGCUACACUCACAUUACAGUGUUAAAAGGUUAGGUAGCAUUCACCACUGAGACUCUGUAAGACCCUGAAACAUCUUAUGUAUUGCCUUGCAAUUGUUUUUAACGUUUUGUAACUUAACCAAAUAGAGAAAAAUGAAAACAAAUGCUGUCAACUCUAUCCGAGUCUUUUCUUUCCUGUUGCUUUAUUAAUCCACUACAAAGACUCUGUUAUAACCUCACUGCAAUGAGGCUUCACUAUAUUAUGUUAUUAAGUACUGUGUGUCCAACAGAAACUGAAAUGCGAGACAGGCAUCCCAUUGGAGUCCUCUUUCGUGAGACUUGCUAAAUCCAUGUAUUUAUUUGCUUUGCAGACAAGUAAAAAAUACCUUUUCUACUCCCGUAAUGUAACUGGUAUCUCUUGGUUUAUGCCAAAUAUGUGUAAAACUGUAAGAUGUUUUAAUAUUUUUGUUGAGUAAUCCUGCAUUGGAUUGUACGCAUAAAUGUAUCCAAUCAAAUGUGAUUUGGGCCGACCAGUUCAUCCCUGCUAUUAUAUAAAACCACGCCUUUAGCUUGUGGGUGAUCACAGUAGCUAGUGGAGUUAUGUUAUAGGUCA